GUACCUAUAUGACAUAAAAGAUCAAAAAUUAAUUUAAAUUUAAAUUAUUAAAUAUCAAACAAUAUAUUUGUGCGUUUAACUACUUAGAAUGCUCAGAUGAUUAGGUUGUUGAAGAAAUAAAUGUAUUUCUUUUUAAUCAACACUCAAUAUUGAUUAAAUUAUGAUUUUGUAAAUUGUAUUUGAAUUAUUAUAUAAGCCAUAAGAUUUGGAACAACAUGAGUAAAAGGAAAGCUCCAAGUGAUUCUACAAAUCCAAAUCAUGAUUUUUGUGAAUUUUUAACUGAAUUGGCUGAUUAUGAAAAAAAUGUUACACGUAAUAUAUAUAAAUGCAAUGCUUAUCGGAAAGCAGCGAGUGCAUUAGCUAAGCACGGUAAACGUAUAAAGUCUGGUGAGGAAGCACAAAAACUUGAUGGAAUUGGUGAUAAAAUAUCCAAGAAAAUUGAUGAGUUUUUAGGAACCGGAAAAUUAAAAAAACUGGAUAAUAUAAGAAGUGAUGAAACUUCAGUUUCUAUAAAAGAAUUAACAAGAGUUAGUGGUAUUGGGCCAGCUAAAGCAAAAGAAUUAUAUGAUUUAGGUAUUACAAAUAUUGACAUCCUGUUAAAACAUCAAGAUAAAUUAAAUCAUCAUCAAAUUUUAGGAUUAAAAUAUUUAAAUGACUUUGAGGAAAAAAUACCAAGAAGUGAAGUUAUUGAAGUAGAACAAAUCAUCAAAAAAACAUUAUUUAAUUUGGAUCCUAAAUACAAAGUUACUAUUUGUGGCAGUUAUAGACGAGGUAAAGAAUUUAGUGGAGAUAUUGAUACUUUAAUUUCUCAUCCAUCAUUUAUGUCUCAUGAUAAUAAGAAAAAAUGUAAUAAAUUGCAAGUGGUUGGAGAUAUUCUGAAAAAAAAUAAUCUCAUCACUGAAACUAUAUCGUUGGGGGAUGCCAAAUUCAUGGGUGUAUGCAAAGUGAAUCGUAUAUCAAGAAGAUUAGACAUUCGCCUAAAUCCAUAUGAUCAGUUUUAUUGUGCUGUUCUUUAUUUUACUGGGAGUGAUUUGUUUAAUAAGCAAAUGAGAGAUCAUGCUUUACAUCAAGGUUUUACACUCAAUGAAUAUACUUUGCGACCAAUGGGUUCUACAGGUAUACCAGGUGAACCUGUGGAGAUAAACAGUGAAGAAGAUAUUUUCGAUUAUUUAGAUUAUCCUUACAAAAAGCCUGAAGAGCGCAAUUUAUAGUUUUAUAUAAUAUAAUAUAGUGCAACAAACUUUAAAUAUUGUAUUAUUUAUUUUAUUUGAUUUAAAAUAUGAAAGUAAGUAGUUAUUAAUUAUUA